AUGAGCCAUCUGUGGCUCGUCACCUGUGCCAACAGCCUUUCUCAGCAGAAGCUCGUCGAUAAAGGUGAGCUACUAGUCAAAGGACUCAAGUGCCUUGUCAUCGACCCAGAAAGCCGGAACAUCAAAAUGAAGCUUCUGUGGCUUCCUCCUCACCUAGAACAGAAGCGUAUCGUUGAAGCGUUGGAACCAUAUGGCAUGGUGCAAUCCAUAACCAGAGAAAUGUGGCGUUGCGAAGGCAUGGAGAGUUGGCAGAUGACGAAUCGUGAUGUCGAAUUCACGCUCAAAGAAGGCCUCUCUACCAGUUCCCUCCCUCAUCUUCUGACGAUCUUCGGACAUCAAUGCUUACUUUUGAUUCCCGGACGACCUCCCUUGUGCCUUCGAUGCAACAGAAUAGGGCACAUACGAAGACAGUGCAAAACACCACGCUGCGCGAAGUGCCACCGUUAUGGUCAUAACGCAGAGGCAUGCGUUGGCACGUAUGCUGACAAGCUUCGUGGCAGUAAACCGGUGGACGAUGACACCAUCGUUAACCAUCUCAUGGAUGUAAGUGAGGUCGUAGAUGCCUCUGGCGAAGCGCCUGCUGAAGACCACCGGGCUGAAGAAGUGCAAAUAUCGACAGCUGCGGACACAGCUACAGCGAAGUUUACUGAAGAACAAACAGUGACUAACCGUGAAAAGGACCCUUGUGCAACGUGGGCCGAAUCACCACCUUUUCGGGACCAGCUUCAUCCUGCCGAGGAUACUGAAAUGACUGAGACAUCAAAGAAGCGUCCAGCGCCGGCAGAUGAUUUGGAGUGCUCUGGGAAAGAGCCAAAGGUCGCCGCGGCUAAGGCGAAGAAACCCCUUCAUGGAGCCCCUGUGAGUGCAGAUGCCGCUGCAGUUCAAGAAGUUGCUGCAGCUGCGACACCCCAAAGGGAUGGGACAGGCAGAACAAAGGUAGCAGCGUUACGUGUAGGCGCUGCGCCUCAGUAG